GCAACGCUUCCUGGUCACAUGCAAAUGAGAAAAUUAAGUUGUUUUUAAAUCUGCGCUACGGUGGGAAACUCCGAGAUUCAACAUGUCCCAUAGAAUCAGCCGUGGCCUGGUUCUGGUCGUCGUGUUCUGUCUCUUUGUUACUGUCUUCUGUAAAUUCCCAUCUCUAGACCAAAUAAAACCGCGAGCCAGCGACAAGGCGCAAGGCAGAGCGGUGGUCGAGCUGUUGAAGCGGCUGCUCGGCACCCGGUCCCCGGAGUUCAUAGUGUCGGUCAACCGCAGCCUCUCCAACGACAGCCUGGAUGUGUGCGAGCUCAGGUCCACCAGGAACUACAAGGUCGUCGCUACGGGCAGUACCGGAGUGGCAGUGGCUUCUGGCAUUUACAACUAUCUCAAAUAUUUCUGCAACUGCCAUGUUUCCUGGUCCGGGGACCAACUGGAUUUGCCUCGUCCUCUGCCCAAAAUCACCGGCGUCCUGCGCAUCAACACCCAGCAUCGUUUCCGGUAUUACCAGAACGUGUGCACCUUUAGCUACUCCUCCGUGUGGUGGGACUGGCCAAGAUGGGAGCGAGAGAUCGACUGGAUGGCGCUCAAUGGAAUCAAUCUGCCGCUGGCCUUCACUGGUCAGGAAGCCCUGUGGCAGGAGGUUUACCGAGCUCUUGGCUUGAACCAGUCGGAGAUUGAAGAGUUCUUCUCAGGUGCAGCGUUUCUGGCCUGGAACCGUAUGGGGAACCUCGUUAAGUUUGGUGGGCCUCUGCCACAGUCUUGGCAUGUGAACCAGCUCUCCCUCCAAUUUAAAAUCCUGGCGAGAAUGAGAUCUUUUGGUAUGAUUCCUGUGCUGCCGGCCUUCUCUGGGAACAUUCCUAAGGGAAUCCUCAGGCUGUAUCCAGAAGCCAAUGUAACCAGAUUGAGGCCUUGGUCUCACUUCAACUGCAGCUACUCGUGCUCCUACGUAUUGGAACCUCGCGACCCACUUUUUCUCCGGAUCGGUUCCCUUUUUCUGUCCCAGGUGGUCAAGCAGUUUGGUACAGAUCAUAUCUACAACACUGACACCUUCAAUGAGAUGAGUCCACCUUCCUCUGACCCCACGUACCUGGCUGCAGUCAGUCGCUCUGUCUUUGCCUCAAUGACUGCAGUUGAUCCUCAGGCAAUUUGGCUGAUGCAAGGCUGGUUGUUUUUCAGUGACGCAGCGUUCUGGAAGCCAGCUCAAAUGAAGGCCCUGCUACACGGCGUGCCCCUUGGAAGAAUGAUCGUGCUGGACCUGUUUGCGGAGACUGAGCCAAUUUUCUCUCGCACGGAGUCCUUCUACGGACAGCCCUUUAUCUGGUGCAUGUUGCAAAACUUUGGGGGCAACAGUGGAUUCUUUGGCACAGUGGAGAGUAUCAAUUCGGGGCCGUUUAAAGCCUUACAUUUCCCAAACUCCACCCUGGUGGGCCUAGGCAUGACGCCGGAGGGCAUCGAGCAGAAUCCUGUGAUGUUUGAGUUGAUGAGCGAGCUAGCGUGGCGCAAAGAGCCCGUCAACUUGUCCAAGUGGGCGUCGCUGUAUGCAAUGCGCCGCUACGGCAGCACACAGGAGAACCUGACCACCGCAUGGAGGCUCCUGUUCGCCAGCGUAUACAAUUGCACAGUGCCACACUACCGAAACCACAACCACAGCCCACUGGUGCGCCGACCCUCUUUUCACAUGAAUUCUGACGUCUGGUAUGAACCAUCGGAUUUGUACAAAGCCUGGAAACUGAUUAUGGAGGCAGCUCCGUCUCUCAUGUCCAAGGAGACUUUCCGGUACGACCUUGUGGAUGUGACUCGGCAGGUCCUAGAAGUCCUGACAACCUCGUUUUACCACGAAAUCACAGACGCCUUCCAGAACAAAAAGCUGCCAAAGCUGCUGAUUGCAGGCGGGGUGCUGGUCCAUGAUCUGUUGCCUGAACUCAAUCGUUUGCUAUGCAGCGACCGCAACUUCCUGUUAGGGACGUGGCUGGAACGAGCGCGAUCUUUAGCCCUAGACGAAAAGGAAGCACAGCUCUACGACAUGAACGCCAGAAACCAGCUGACCCUAUGGGGUCCCAGCAGCGAGAUCCUGGACUACGCCAACAAACAGUGGGGCGGUCUUAUGGAGGACUACUACGCCCAGCGAUGGGGCCUUUUCAUUCACACUCUGGUUGAGUGUCUGGACAGUGGACGACCAUUCAAGCAGGAUGCCUUCAACCAGGCGGCUUUCCAGGUAGAAAAGGGAUUCAUUUACAACGGCCAUCGGUACCCGACCAAGCCUCAGGGGGACACGUACGAGAUCGCCCGCAGGAUAUUCCUCAAGUACUACCCACAAGCGUUGAAGACCCUUUAGUGAGCAGGGACUACGUUUUGGAGAGAACAGAACAAUUUCUUCUGAACAUGCAGUUAAAUGAGUCCUGGACAGUUGUGCAUGUUGCAGGAGACUAGAAGGAUUUUCCCUUUACAUUUACCCAGAUUACAUUUCCAAUCCAACGGACUUUCAGUGCCGUUUUUGAACUGACAAUCUGAAAACAGUCAAAUGAAGAAAUGUAUUUGAAUGUCAUAUGGAAUAUGUGUUUGGUUAGCCCAUAUUAGCAUUAGCAUAAAGACUUUAAGAUUGGUGGGGGGCUAGUUGACUGUCCAAAGUAAAUACAAGACCAAAGCUGCAUUAUUUACAGAGUAUGUCCCUUGUACACCUGUAUAACCCUGAGCAUCGUAGAAAUGACAUGUUUCGCUUUCCGGGAGAAUAAAGCGGUGAGACAAAUUCUUAUUAAGAGGUUUUCCAUCCACUCGGUGCUGCUGUAAAGUGUGUGUGUGUGUGUGUGUGUGUGUGUGUGUGUGUGUGUGUGUGUGUGUGUGUGUGUGUGUGUGUGUGUGUGUGUGUGUGUGUGUGUGUGUGUGUGUGUGUGUGUGUGUGUGUGUGUGUGUGUGUGUGUGUGUGUGUGUGUGUGUGUGUGUGUACACAGCCACCACCUCAGACUUGUCUGGACAAACAGAUUUGCUAAAGACGAGACGACUGGAUAGACGAGACGUGGAUAUCAUUCUGGACAAGUUGUGUGAGACCUGAUUUUGAUGUUUUACCAGGUUUUAGGGGGACUUUGGGUGAUUAUUGUUAUAUAAACUUCUAAGGCUGAUUUAUUCCACACAGGCAUUGGGUUGAUCGGAAAUUCAGUUGCAUAAAAGAAAAAAUACCAACAUUCUUUUUCUAAAGCAUGGCUGGCGGACGGGCAUUUUAAUGUUGGUCCUCCAGUGGCAGGCUGACCAUUAAAAAGAUGAAUUUUGAAUUUUAUUUGCAUAUUUUGCCUUAACCUGCCUCUGGAACGUACGUGCGUGUGUAAGAAUUUUCUAACCAAUUUACAAUUUCAUGCGUCUGUGGUCAGUGAGCUUGUCCCAUUUACUAGAUGACCUGCUGUAGUGGUCUUCUGAACAGGUUUGUUUAAUGCUGGUAAUUAUUUUUCAGGAUUUCUUUUUAGAAAUGUAUUUUUAUAGAAAAGGCAUUAAGGCUAAACUGUCUCGUAUCGCAUGCAGAACAAUCCCAUUCUGAAAGACAUGCUCUUUUUUUUAUGAGUCACAUUAGUUUUGUUUUGGAUGAGAUUUCUUUUGAUUACUGUAGUUUCAGUUGGUCAUUUUUGGGAGAGUAAUUAUUUUAGCAUUUUAACACUAUCACGAUAUGAGCCCAGCUUAUAUUCAUAAUGGACAAGCAAAGUAUUUGCAUUCUUUAUUGUGUAAAUACUAAUUUUUGUAUUUUGAUUCACGUUGUUGUUCUUUAACUCAGGCAUUUUCUAAAACGCUAAAUACAAUGAUGACAUUCGCCAACUCUGCCACACGCUCAUUUUAUACCAGCAGUUGCUUUGUUGUGUGUUAAUAAAGUCAUCUAAUCAUA